CGUCGCCACCACUAGCCAUCUAUUCUAUUCAUACAUAUUCGCUACCACACCACACCACACCACUCACAACAGCAUUCUCGCUUUUCACUCUCACAACCCACACACCAUAAAACCACCACAAAACUCUCUUCUUCCUCCGCUACUUCCAUGACGACGUCGUUCGCAGCAGCAUCACCGGCUCUCAGAGACCCCAACCUCCACAUCCCAACCUUCCAUGGCCUCAGAUCUGCUCUCACUCGCAAUGCCCUCCCAUCCACGCGCUCCCUCUCGCUCAUACGCGCCGUCUCCACGCCUGAAACUGUGACUGAGAAGCGUAGCAAAGUCGAAAUAAUCAAAGAGCAAAGCAAUUUCAUAAGAUACCCUCUCAACGAGGAUUUGCUAACAGAUGCUCCCAAUUUGAGCGACUCAGCUGUACAGUUAAUCAAGUUUCAUGGCAGCUACCAGCAGUACAACAGAGAUGAGCGUGGCUCCAGAACCUACUCCUUCAUGAUACGCACUAAAAACCCUUGUGGGAAGGUUCCCAAUAGGCUUUACUUGACCAUGGAUGAUCUCGCCGAUCAAUUUGGAAUCGGGACGCUUCGAUUGACUACCAGGCAGACGUUUCAGCUACAUGGGGUUGUCAAGCAGGAUCUCAAAACUGUUAUGGCUAGCAUUAUCAGGAACAUGGGGUCCAGUCUCGGUGCUUGUGGUGACCUUAACAGGAAUGUGCUUGCUCCUGCGGCUCCCCUUGUGAGAAAUGAUUACCUCUUUGCUCAGCAGACCGCGGAGAAUAUUGCGGCGCUACUGGCUCCGCAGUCUGGUUUUUACUAUGAUAUUUGGGUGGAUGGGGAGAGGAUUAUGUCAGCAGAACCGCCUGAAGUUGUUCAGGCGCGAAAUGAUAAUUCUCAUGGUACAAAUUUCCCUGAUUCGCCUGAGCCCAUUUAUGGAACUCAGUUCUUGCCAAGGAAAUUCAAAGUUGCAGUUACUGUGCCAACUGAUAACUCGGUGGAUAUCCUCACGAAUGAUAUUGGGGUUGUUGUUGUUACUGAUGAUGAUGGGGAGCCUCAAGGGUUCAACAUAUAUGUUGGGGGAGGAAUGGGAAGAACACAUAGGAAUGAAAGCACUUUUCCCCGGUUGGCUGAACCGCUGGGUUAUGUACCGAAAGAGGAUAUUUUGUAUGCAGUGAAAGCAAUUGUGGUUACACAGCGAGAAAAUGGGAGAAGAGAUGACCGCAAGUAUAGUAGAAUGAAAUAUUUGAUCAGCUCUUGGGGAAUUGAAAAGUUCAGAACUGUAGUUGAGCAAUACUAUGGCAAGAAAUUUGAACCUUUCCGCCGCUUGCCAGAAUGGGAAUUUAAAAGUUAUCUUGGGUGGCAUCAGCAGGGUGAUGGCAGUUUAUUUUAUGGGCUUCAUGUUGAUAAUGGUCGUAUUGCUGGGAAAAUGAAGAAGGCAUUGAGGGAGGUUAUUGAGAAAUAUAAUUUGAACGUUCGACUUACUCCAAAUCAGAACAUAAUACUGACUGACAUUCGUGCUGUGUGGAAGCGUCCCAUCACAACAAUUCUCGCUCAAGCUGGUCUUUUGCAACCUAGUCUUGUAGAUCCCCUCAACAGGACGGCAAUGGCCUGCCCUGCUUUCCCAUUAUGUCCAUUGGCUAUUACCGAAGCUGAACGUGGGAUACCAGACAUUCUUAAACGGGUUCGUGGUGUUUUUGAAAAGGUUGGUUUGAAGUACAGCGAGUCUGUAGUUGUAAGGGUAACUGGCUGCCCUAAUGGUUGUGCUAGACCAUACAUGGCUGAGCUUGGACUGGUUGGGGAUGGCCCAAAUAGCUAUCAGAUUUGGCUGGGAGGAACCCCGAAUCAAACAUCGAUAGCUCAAAGUUUCAUGGACAAGGUGAAGCUUCAAGACCUUGAAAAGGUUCUGGAGCCUUUGUUUUAUUAUUGGAAGCAAAAGCGUCAAUCUAAAGAAUCAUUUGGUGUCUUCACAAACCGAAUGGGAUUUGAGAAGCUUAAAGAAUAUGUUGAGAAAUGGGAGGGUCCAGUAGCAGCACCAACACGCCACAACCUUCAGCUUUUUGCUGACAGGGAAACAUAUGAAGCAAUGGAGGAAUCAGCAAAGCUUCAAAACAAGACUGCUCAUCAGUUGGCCAUGGAAGUUAUCCGCAAUUAUGUUGCUGCCAACCAAAAUGGAAAAGAUGAUUCAUUUCAUUGACAUGGCCAAUGAAGGAAGAUUAAAUGUGAUGUUGCUUUGUGCUUGACUGCAAUGGUGGAUAGGCCACUGAAGGAAACUCUCAGUGCUCUUACUGCACGGUAAGCCUGGGUGUAGAUUAAAUUAGUCUUUGGGGAACAGCUUUCAGCUAGAAUCCCUUGGUGCACGAUUUUCAUUAUGAGAUUGUCUGAACACAAAAUAAGCCUUCCUAUAAAAAAAGGGUUUUCAGGCAACUUUGUUUCUCUUCACAUUAAUCCUUCUUGAUAAGAUUUUUUUCCUCAAUUUUGUUCUUGUACCAAUGAAGUUAAUCAGUUAGGAUUUGUUGUUUGUAAUAAUGUUGUUUAUUAGCUUGAGAUUAUGGUAUGUGAUGUGUUUGGGCUGGAA